ACUUGCAAGUUUACUUUUAGAUUUCAGGAAGUCAAAACUGCAGAAAGGCAACAGUCAGAAAAUGUCUUCCUGAUAGGUCCAGGCCAGGGACAGAGCAGAGGCCUGUGCCUGUGAGUUGGUGGGGGUGGAGAGACAGUUUCCUGCCAGCAGGGCCCAACCCUCUACCUCCGGAAAUGCUUGAGAUUCUGCUCACAGCUCUCUCCCUUUGUCUGCUUUCACCCUUGCCAGAAUCCACAGCACAUCUCAGAAGAUCCAGACUAUAAGAGAAUUCUGCAAGACCUGUGGGGGAAGGAAAAGCCACCUCCUUGUACACAGGUUCGCAUCAGCUCUAUUUCCAUCCUUCUGGAAUUGUUGGCCGCUUCACCUCCACCUGUAGAUCCAAUAUUGGAGCUUCUCAGGAAAAGUCAUGACCUCAUCCAGUAGAAUCAAAAUGAUGAAAUCGAUGGCUACUUGCUCCAUCUGCCUAAACCUCAUGACAGAGCCAGUGAGCAUCAACUGUGGACACAGCUACUGCCAGAUGUGCAUGGAGGAGUACCUUUCCCAGACACCCAGAAGUCAGGGGCAGAGGAUGUUCUUCUGUCCUCUGUGUCGGACCUCAUUUCAUAUAGAUGACCUCCGGUCUAAUAAACAGCUGGGAAAUCUCAUAGAGCUCAUCAAGGAGAUGGAGGUUACAGAGGAUGAACCCGUAUGUGAGGCCCAUGGUGAGCAGCUCCAGCUCUUCUGUGAAGAUGACGGCCAGCUCAUCUGCUGGCGCUGUGAGCGGGCAUCAGAGCACCAAGGACACGCCACAGAACUAGUGGAAGACGUGUGCCAGGGCUAUAAGGAAAAGCUCCAGAACGCUGUGACAAAAUUGAGUCAAUUCCAAGAAGAAUACGUGAAUCAGAAAGCAUUCAUGGAAAUGCAGAAAAUUGAAUGGAAGGAUGAGAUAGAAACUCGGAGGCAAAAAAUCAAGUCUGAUUUUAAGAAUCUCCGCACGUUUCUACAUAAGGAAGAGAAAUCCUAUCUCUGGAGGCUGGAGAAGGAAGAAGAGCAGAUGCUGAGCAGACUGAGGGAGAGUGAGGCCAACCUGCAGCAGAGGAGCGAUGAGCUCAAGAAUCACAUCCUGGAACUGGAGGCAAAAUGCCAUAGCUCGGCCCAGAAAGUACUAGAGGAUGUGAAAGGCACCUUGAGCAGGACUUGUGCUGUGAAGCUGGAAGCACCCGAGGUCUUUUCCUUGGAGGUUCAGACUGCAUGUGAUGUUGCUGAGCUUUACUUGGAUGUGAAGAUGAUGUUAAGACGCCAUCAAGUUGGCGUGACUCUGGAUCCAAAUACAGCUCAUCCUCACCUAUUUGUGUCUAAGGAUCGGAGACAAGUGUCUCGUGGAUGCAGCCAGCAGAAUCUUGAAUUUUCUCCCAGGAGAUUUACUGCCUUCCCCUGUGUCUUGGGUUGUGAGGGCUUCACCUCAGGAAAACACUACUUCGAAGUGGACGUUGGAGAAGGCACGGCUUGGGAUGUGGGAGUUUGUAUGGAAAAUGUGCAGAGAGGCCUUGGUGUGAAACAGGAACCUGAGUUUGGAUUCUGGGCCAUCCGGCUGUGCACAGAGAACGGUUAUGUAGCACUGACUUCUCCUCCAACUGCCCUUGAGCUGCAUGAGCAUCCCCUGGUGGUGGGGGUUGUUCUGGACUAUGAAGCUGGAGCUGUGUCCUUUUACAACAUGACUGCUGGCUCCCACAUCUUCACCUUCCCCAAAGCGUCCUUCUCUGAUACUCUGCGGCCUUAUUUCCAGGUUUAUCAGUAUUCACCUUUGUUCCUGCCUUCAUGUAGUGAGUAAGCAUAGAAGAAAAGUCUUAUUCUAAGCAGACAGAAAAUAUUCAGAGCCGAUAAAGGCAGAAAUUUGGUCAGUUUUCUUCACUACUAUUUCUUCAGUACCUGGAACAGGGAUGGACUUUUAGAAGAUAUUUAAGAAACCUAUAUUGAAUUAAAAGCUAUAAAGACUGGAAAAAUGCAACAGAUGGUCAGCCGGACUGAGAGGAAAGUAAGAUAGUGACGAUCUGACAUUGUCCUCUGAAUCUCUCUCCACUGGGUUCAGUUCUCUGAUUUCUGGUAGGCAUUUGUUAAUGAUUUGGGUAACCUUGAGGCUAAGAGGUCUGUAUUCCUUCACCUUUUAUUUGAGCCAUUUGGACUCAUGUGGGAAAUGAAGGAAAGACACUCCAGAAAAGAGCAAGAAAAUCCAAAUAGCAGUGGCUUCCCAACCACUGACAUGUUGAUUAAUAAUGUCCACUGCAAUCCUAGAGUCUGCCAGACCUAGUGAGCUUCCCUGGAAAUCACUAAGUAAUGUGGGAGAAGAGAAAAACUCCAUUUACCAAGAGAUGCUUCAAGUGGAAAAUGGAAUGUGAUUAAAUAAUUGAUUUUCAUAGGGGACUUAGUUCUCGUAAAGACAAAGAAGUUGGCAUUUUCUGGAUUGUGCUACAGCUACCUGUUUUGAAAUAUAUUUAAAUUUCAGAAAAUAGUAUUUACUGAAUGAUUAUCGGGAGUCUUUGCUAUGACUCAGAUAUGGCAAAAUAGUACUUAACCCAAUAUUAGGUUUAUUGUGAAAACUGAAUCAGUUUUAUGUGGUCAUACAUGAGUGGGCUAAUGACAGGACCAUAGUGAAGUUGACCAAAGGACAAUCAGUGUUAGUAUUGAUGACUGAUGUACAAAGUCACUAAAUAUUACAGUAAUUUGUUGCUAAUAUAAAAUUGCAGUUUGCUUAUAUUGUUGAAGCCCUCUGCUGACAUCUCUGUAAAAACAGAAGAAAUGAAGCCAGAGGUGCUUCUGGAUGUCAGAGGCAUGCUGGGGCUCCAUCUCUGCCCAAAGAAACUUAGCAGAAUUUGUAAAUAUUUCCCACUUUUCAGAAAGGAGAAGAUGAUAAUCAUCAGAGACUCCAGCUUGGAGUGAGGAUCAGAGGAAACUUCAUUACAAACCUUGUGAAAAGCAGUCUUUAUCUAUCAUUAGCUUUCAUAUAUAUUUGUCCUCCCACAAUUUGUCAUCCUAGAAACAGAGUCCUUUUUUUGCCUGCUUCUCUUAUCAUUGUAUUUUCUUUUGUUAAAAUGCUCUGUAGCCCAACUUCUAGCCCUUGCAUUACUUAUCCCUUGAGCAUUAUCUGGUUUGAUGCACAUACUAAUAAAUUUCUGUUUGAUGUUCUCUUGUUAUAUAUGUUCUGUUUGUCUAGUUUAUAGUUGCUCACAUGGAGAACAACAAAAGUACCAAUCUUAUUUGUUUUCUGUCCCCAUAAUUCUAGCAUCCUGGCCCCAUUUUAUAUAAGGGGCUGCCCAACCACCUGCUAGGAUAUGACAAAGAUAAAAGAGAUGAAGUUUUUAAUGGGGGGGGGCUGAUCUUAGCUCUUUCAAGGCUAAGACUACGAGGCUCAAACUAGUCAGUAUUUACUGAUUACACAACAUAGCAGAGGGUGUAAAGUCUAAGGACUUGACCACCAAGCCAAGAGCCUUUUCUCCACAGUGUGUAGGAUA